AGAAACGCGGAAAAACAAACGGUGAUGUUGGUGGAGCUGAGUUUUCUGUUAUGUUUUUUUUCCAGCUUAAAUGCUACAUGUGAUUACGACUGGGCUCCGUCUGCAAAGCUGGUUUGGAUCAGCCGAUCUUCGCCCCGCCGGCGUCUCUGUCUGGUUCUGGAAGGACUCGUCUCACCACAGAACCCGUCGGCCCGGCUGCUGCCGCCGCCGCCUUGAGGAGGAAUGUUGGGUGUCGUUGCGUCAUCCUGUGUUCCUCUGGUUGCUGCCUGCAGGGAGAUUCAGGCCUGUCCCCUGUAUCCGAACCGGAGUGGAAAUGAGACCAGGACGUCGUUCUUACGUUGCUCCAGACCUGCAGGAACAACGCAGCCAAAACGGAACCAGAGAGAGCGGGAGAUUUAUAUGUUUAUCCCAGAUUCAAACCCACAACCAAGCUGAUCCUGAGCCUCAUCAUCUACGACCGCAGUCACUCAGGAGGAAAUGAGCAGAGAAGAGACACAAAGUACAGAAAACAGCUGUUGCUCAACUCCGAUCAGACCCGACCGACUGAGUCAGAGGCUCAACAAACAGAACCAGGACGAUUCAAAAGAUCCGCCUGCCGGGCUGCAGGAACAUUCAGGAUCUUCAGAGAGGAAGAACGACAGCAGGAUGAAGAAGCUCAGUUUGCUGCUCUGUCUGGUUUCUGUGGCCGUAACUCAGGCUGUGAUGUUGGACCCCAGAGGAGCCCGACCGGUGGAACCGUCCACCAGGGACGAGAAAUGUGCCGCCCAGAAGGAGUGGCCUUUCUGCUCAGACGACGACUGGUACUCAAAAUGCCCGUCGGGCUGCAGGAUCCAGGGCCUGAUGGAUAAAAACGACCACGAGCUGCUGAAGAAGAUCCAGAAGAUCCGCAGCCUGCUGGAUCAGCACAAGGCCCGGCACCGCUCCGUGGACCUGGUGUCCAAGCAGACCUACGACAUCCUGACGGAGAGACUCACCCUGGACACCGGAAAUGACAACUUGUACUACAACCUGGCCCAGACGCUGCGUCAGCGGAUCACUGAGAUGAAGGUCCGGAUCGACAGGCAGCAGAAAGCUCUGGCCGCGCUGAAGGACCGGGUCAAAGACCAGGUGGUGGAGAUGCAGAAGCUGGAGGUCGAUAUCGACAUCAAGCUGCGCUCCUGCAAGGGAUCCUGCGGCGGACACACCGAGUACCAGGUGGACCGGGACAGCUACGUGGCUCUGGACAAACAGGUGAACCAGCUGGACGCCCAGACGGCCCAGAGCGUGGAGACGGUGGGGACGAUGUACGUGAUGAAGAGCCGGCCGCUGCGGGACGUGAUUGUUGACUCCAGGUUCAAAUCCAAGGAUGUGGCGGCGCAGCGGACAGAGGACUUGUUCCCCCAGGUGAAUACGGUUCAGUUCAUCCUGGAGCAGGAAGGCUCCAGCUCAUCUCCAGCCACCGUCUCCAAGGUCCCAGGUACUUCUUCCACCUCCUCAUCCUCAUCCUCCUCUUCCGGAUCCCCGUCUAAAUCCAUCACGGAGCUCUCAGGACGCGGCGACGGCGAUUUUCUCAGCGGCUUCAACAGCAAAGGACUUGUCGGCCAGCCGAGCCUCAGCGUGAACACCAAAACCGUCAGCUGCACCAGAUCCAUCAGGAGGACGGUCGUCCAGACCGAGAACGGGCCGGUGGAGCGGGUGGAGGAAGUGGGCGGCGGACCCGAAUGUGACGCGUUGGGUGGCUUCACAAAGGGCGGCCUGGGCUCCUUGUUCCCGACGCUCACUGGCUCAUCCUCCUCUUCAUCCUCCUCUUUGUCCUCCCACUCCGGGGGAUCCAAGGGAAGCAUCUUGGCAGAUUCUAAAUCCGGGCUGGACCCGUUUGGAGCCGACUUCGGCGCGUUCAUGACCGACAACGCGGAGGACGACAUUCCUGAUUUCCAUGCUCGCAGUGUGAAGAGCACGGUUGUGGAACGGCAGGCGGACUUUGUAGGAACAGAUUGCGUCGACGCCUACCAGAAGCACCUGAAAGGCGAAGCGAACGGUCUUUUUAGGAUCAAACCCGCCGGCUCCGCGGCGGCCGUGGAAGUCUACUGCCAGCAGGAGGGCAUAAUGGGCGGGUGGUUGUUAGUCCAGCAGAGAGAGAGCGGCUCCGUCAGCUUCAACCGCACCUGGGCCGAGUACCGCGACGGCUUCGGCUCGGCGGACGCUCUGGGGAAGGGGGAGCUCUGGCUGGGCAACCAGAACCUCCACCUGCUGACCAACCAGGGGGAGACCAUGCUGAAGGUGGAGCUGGAGGACUGGGAGGGGGGCGUAGCCACGGCUGAGUACACGGUUCGGGUCGGCACCGAGGACGAGGGCUUCCCCCUGCAGGCGUCCGGGUACACCGGAGACGCCGGGGACGCUCUGGCGUCCCACAUCGGCUUCAAGUUCAGCACCUUCGACAAAGACAACGACGGGUCGGGGGAGAACUGUGCGGAGGCGUACGGCGGCGGGUGGUGGUACAACAGCUGCCAGGCGGCUAACUUAAACGGGAUUUAUUACAAAGGAACAUACGACCCAGAAACAAACACACCUUACAAAACUGCGAACGGCGUGGUGUGGCCCACGUUCAAACCGGCCACGUACAGCCUGAAGGCGGCGCGGAUGUUCAUCCGACCCGCCACCUUUUGAUCCAAACCAGGGCGGGCAAACUCAAGUUGGGCCGAAACAGGGUCAUGAAUGUCUCAAAGAGCCGAUCAUACCAGGAUAUACCGUUAAAACCUCUUACAAUGUUCUAAUUUAGAUAAAUUUGCACGUAUGGCGUUACUCCCAGUACCGAUCAUGAACUGUAGCUUUACAUCAAGGCUGAGGCAGCAGAGUAGAAGAAGUAAGAAAUAGAAAUACUUAUUAUUAUAAUGUUUGUAUCUGGAAACUAGAGGACCACAUAAAACACUAUCGUUGGGCCGGAUUUGGCCCCCGGGCCUCCAGUUUGACACAUGAUCCAACCACUAAACCUCAUAAACAUCUAGAAGUUUGUCCAUUUCCUGCAUGAAAACCGAAAUGAGGAUGUGACGGUUUACCUGCUAGUGAAUCACUCAACACAAUGUUAACCAAUGUACUGAACUGCAUCGAUCUGCCAACGUUCCCAAAGUGACCCAAUGUUCUCCCUGCUGUUAAACUCUGUGUUUAAAUCUGAUCAAUAAAUAAAGAUGCUGUGUUCACUUCA